UACAAUAGAACGAGCACAGAUUCACGUGCUCUUCGCCCAUUUUCUCGUGUAAAUCACUCGUCCACACAGUAAAGAUUAAAAUUGUUUUAUCGAAAUUCAAAGUGACAAAAAUGGAAUCCAGCGGAUUAUUUAACACUACUGUCGGGGUGAAGGAGGAACCCACUGAUGCGUCGCUUAUUGAAAAUGAUGACGAAAUGUUUGACGAGAAACCCGAUCUGAAAAACUUUCAACAUUCACAAUUUCCGCAGACUAAUAUCCCUCGAAUAUGUGACGUAAAUCAUGAUAAUGAACUUGGAGAAGAAGUGGAAAUAGUUGCCGAAUGUGAAGACGUCAAGCCCAACAUUUAUUCACUUAAAGAUGAAAAAUUUGGCGAUAAUUCUGAAAAUCACUUGCGAAAUGUAAAUAUUAAUGGUAAUGAAAUUCAAAAAAUAAUUAAAUUCGAAACAGUGGGUAAAGUGAAACAAGAAUUCGUUGGUGACGGUGCAGAAGAAUCGAAUCCGACUCUCGACUGUGAACUUGUCAAACAAAAUAAAAAAGAUAGAUUUACAAAAAAGUUGAGCAACGAAAAUAACCUCAAAACGCACACCGGUACGAUUCUUAAAAUUACAACCCCAUGUAAAAUAUGCGAAAAGAAAUUCGCUAAUAAGAGCAAUCUUAAACGACACAUCGAUUCAGUGCACAACAAAAUCACUCAUGGAUGUGAUAUUUGUGGGAAAGAAUUCACACAAAAGUUUUUUCUGAAAAUCCACAUUGAAUCGGCGCAUGAUAAAAUCAGACAUGCAUGUGAAAUAUGCAGGAAGAAUUUUUCAAUAAAGAGUCAUCUCAAAAAACACAUAGAUUCGGUGCAUAAUAAAAUCACCCAUACAUGCAAUACUUGCGGAAAGUUAUUUACUCAAAAAAAUUAUCUUAAAAUCCACAUUGAAUUGGCUCAUAAUAAAAUCAUACAUACAUGCGAUAUAUGCAAAAAGAAAUUCAAACAUAAAUCUUACCUGAAAAUCCAUAUCAAAUCAACGCAUGAUGGUAUCACCUAUGGAUGUGAUGUAUGCGGAAAGAAAUUCACAACAAAAAGGAAGCUUAAAGUCCACAUCGAUGUGAUGCAUAAUGGAGUCACUUAUACAUGUAAUAUAUGCGGAGAGAAAUUCACACAAAAAAAGCAUCUUAAACUCCACUUCGAUUCAGUGCACAACAAAAUAACUCAUGGAUGUGAUAUUUGUGGAAAGAAAUUCAAACAAAAGUGUCAUCUGAAAAUCCACUUCGAAUCAGCGCAUGAUGGUAUCACCCAUGGAUGUGAUAUUUGUGGAAAGAAAUUCACCCAAAAGUCUUCUCUGAAAAUCCACAUUAAAUCUGUUCAUAAUAAAAUCGCACAUACAUGCAAUAAAUGCGGUGAGAAAUUCAAACGAAAGUAUUAUCUGAAAAUCCACAUUGAAUCGGCCCAUGAUAAAAUCAGACAUGCAUGUGAAAUAUGCAGGAAGAAUUUUUCAUCAAAGAGUUAUCUCAAAAACCACAUCGGUGGAGUCCAUAAUGGUAUCACUCAUACAUGCAAUACUUGCAGAAAGUCAUUUACUCAAAAAAAUUAUCUUAAAGUCCACAUUCAAUCGGUACAUAAUGACAUCAAACAUACGUGUACUAUAUGCGGAAAGAAAUACUUAAGAAUGAGACAUCUCAAAGAUCAUAUCAAUACAGCUCAUGGGGGUAUCACCCACUCAUGCACCUCAAAUGCUACAUAGAUGCAGUGCACAAAGCCAUCAACUAGACAUACAAUUCAUGCGGAAAGUAAACUCGAGAUGCGUCUUGAAGCCCACAUUGAUUCGGUGCAUCACUCACGCAUUAUAAAUUGUUAUAUGUAUAAAAUCGAAUGUACAUGUUCAAAAGAUUCAUUUAAAAAUGUCCAUCCCACACAAGA